AUGAGCCAAACUACUUUUGAUGAUCGUAAAGAAGACAGAACCCUCCAUUCACGACUUUUUGUUGUGUGCAGUAAACAGACAAAAGAACAUGACUUGAGGAAACUCUUUGAAGAGCAUGGUACGGUUGAUGACGUGUUUUUACCAAGAGAUCGUAACACUGGCGAUCUUAAAGGAUUUGCUUACAUCAAAUAUGCAAAAACUUCACAUGCUGCUGCUGCUAUAAAAGCGCUACAUCUCAAAUAUAUUGACGGCAAACCUAUUAAAGUUAUGGUUGCAACAAAUAAAAAUGACCCACAGGGCUCAGAUCAGUAUGGUGAAAAAUAUACACGACUCUUUAUUAAAGUUCCAAAAGAAAGUUCAGAUUUGGAACUAAAAGAGUACUUCAAUAAAUUUGGUUAUGUCCAAUCAGUUUUCAUACUAAAGGAUAAAGAUAGUGGUGCUCCUAAAGGAUUUGCCUAUGUGAAAUAUGGAGAAUUUUAUGAUGCAGCAAAGGCGUAUGAAGAGUGUGACAAAAGUUUUAGACCAAUUUUUGCUACUCCUAAACAGCUCAAAAGAAGUGCACAAGAAGACGAUACUUACCAGCAACAUAAUAAGAAAAGGCUAAAAAAUAAUGUAAAUGAAACAUAUAUACAUGAUAAUUUUAUAGAAACAAAUGGUGACGACUAUAGAAGCAUCAUUAUUACAUGUUUUCCAAUAGUUCAUGAAAAAUACAUUUCUAAUUUGUGCAAUAUAAUACCAGGUUUACAAAACUGUCAAUAUACAUUAGAUACAUAUAAUAGUUUAUGCAAAGCUGAGGUAACCUACAGUGAACCUAAGUAUGCAGCAUAUGCUGUAUCAAAACUGAAUGACUAUGAAUUUCCUUCUGGUGAAAUUAUAACUGCCAAGCCUGACAAGAAUCCCUUAGCACAGGCUGCUACAAAUCUCAAAGACAUAGUAAAAAAUUUCAAAAAUUCUGUAGAAUCUGGUGCAGACUUGAUCAGUUUAGCAGAUGCUAUUGAAAAGGCAUCUUCAUUGAUCAAAGCUGCAGCAAAAGGACAAUCAGACGCUGAAGAGCGUCUAAGUUACUGUAAUAUUCCACUUCCAUCAAUAAAACCUAAAUCAAAUACAUCAAAAGUAGCUCAAAGAUUAUUUAUCAUUUGUAAACCUCAACCACCUCCGCUGGCUGUGUUGCAAGAUGCUUUUACUCGCUUUGGCGAUUUUAUUAGUGUCUCUACCAUUCCAAACAAGACAUUUGGCUUUGUAAAAUAUGCGUCCACUGAAUCAGCUCAACAGGCCAUGAAAAUACUGAAUGGGGCAACACUAUGUGGAAUGAGAUUGAAGGUAGUGGAGGCUGAUGAAAAACCACCGUGCUCUGACGAAAAAAAUCAUAUAGAAGGAUCUAACUUUGAGGACAAAUCUAAAAACAAGACACCAUGA